AAAUUGGAGUUGGUGUAAAAUAGAGUAAAACUUAAUUCAUGACUGGUGACCUUUAUAGAUUUAUUUAAAGGCAUAAGAACACCGAAUCGGAACGAAAAAAAUAGUUACCGUCCGUAUAGCUAUGAAAUCGUUAAUUAGUUAAUGGUUGAAUGAAUUAUGUAUGUAUCAAAUAUAUAUAUGAAACUUGACUUCCGCUGACUAUGCGCAGAUCGUAUGUUUACAACGGAACCUGCGCAGUCGUCGAAAAUACCGCUAUGCGAAAUAAACCGAUGUCGUGAUAUAUAUCCCAGUUUGUUGCUGAACAGUCCAGAUAGUAUCGGACCGUUCGAGGCUUCACUUCUCGGGUUCAGUUUGUUGAAUAAAGUAGCAAAUAUUCACUAUGCAUCUACAGUGGAAGAAUUUGUGCCUGCUUUUUAACGUGAUUGUCGUCAUAUGUGCACGAGAGCCAUCGAGCCCUGCAUGCUCGAAAUAUGACUACGAGAGCGUUUACUACAAAGAGUUUUAAGAAACGAAUUGGCUCUAGAAACCACUCUUAGUGAUUUCAGAAAAACGAACGCCAAAGUUGUGGAUGCAUUACAGCGGUUAGAAGAUGGAAAAGUAAAAGUGGAGUCUACCUUGGCAGUUAUUGAAAAGAAGCAAAUCGAAAUGGAGUCUGCAAUGAGUGAUUUUAUUAACAAUUCUUCUAACAAUAUAAACUCGACGUUAGCUACAAGUGUGGGUACCAUGGUCAAAGCUGCUUCAGACAUAAAAGCAAAUGCUACAGUGGCGGUGCAGCAACUCGUAAAGGAAAUCCACCUUCUCAAAGACCAGUUAAAAGUCCUUACAAUAUACUUCCGUGCGCGAAUUACGAACUCUAAAACAUACCUAUCAUAUAACCAGGAUGUUGUCUUCCCGUCGGUGGAGGUCAACGAAGGUCAAGUGUAUGAUUCUUCAACUGGAAAGUCCACUGCCUCCGUCUCUGGAAUGUAUCAGUUCAGUGCGCAGUAUUGUGUUUAUGGCACGACAUAUGCUUACCUUGAAAUCGUGCACCAAGGCAAGACACUACAGAGGUCAUCUCACAGUGAUUAUCCUGCUGGUGGUUUUGCUAAUUAUCCAUGUGUGACUAUGCAGGUAUCAUCAUCGGUUGCCAUGGGACACCAGGUCUGGGUGCGCUCGACAGGAUCGACCACGUUGUACGCAGAUUCGCAAAGAUACACUUCAUUUUCUGGCACAUUGAUUCAUCUUUAACAACAAGAUAAAGACGUGCACCAUACUACACUUCGUGAAGAAGGAGACACUAGUUAUGUUUCUCUAUGUUUCGACUUAAUGGUAAUAUUUUAAUAUUAUAUUGGUUUGUUAAAUUUAAGAGUUUUCACGCAUAUCUGCUUGACAUAUAUACAUAUGUUUUUUGACAGAAUAGAAGUAUGUAAUGGUAUAUAAUGCAUGUAUUAUAUACAUAUGUAUACAAUUUAAUGAUGCUGCUAUAUAUAGUUUAAUUGUAUUUCAUUCAUGUUGGUUAUCGGUGUGUCGCGCGGGAUUGUUUCUUCAAAAAAUGAUAAUAACUUAUCAACAACCAACAAUUAACAACCAAGUAUAAACUGAAGACUUAUACAAAUUGAAAUCCUUUUUUAUGAUACAUCUGGAAUGCAGAUAUUGUAUUUAAAUACAAGUGUUAAAAAGUAUAUAUACUAGUAAAAAGAGAGUACAAUUAUUUAUAAUUUCUCACAUUGGCCAUGCUUCGUUGGUUCUUUCCUGGUUGCAUUUUCUAAUAAAACAUUGUUGUGCAAUGCGAGUCUUGUUUUUUCGACGACAAAUGCGAUUGGAAUCGUGUAAGUAACUUAGAAUGGUCAUUCCAAGAAAUAUAGUGGCACACCUUUUAGGCUCGUAGGAAGCUAAGAAACAUAGGGGCCGCGGACGGGGUUGAUGCGGGAGGAGUAUUCCCGCCUGACGGGAUUCUUUUUAAGUUUUGAUGUAAAACAAGGCUUUCCUGCGUUGUUAAAAACCUUAUACUACAUUUUUUUUUUAUAUUUAGUGUCAGAUUAGUCUUUGGCCCCAGCUUUAUUCAUAUUUUGUGUUUAUGUUGGUUUGUAUUGUGCUGUAUUGUGCUGUUUUGUACUGUUUGGGCAAUAGUUCACUUGCCUUAAAUAAAGGACCAACUAAUUGUUUUUAAUGAACAUUCAAUACUGCUCCAGCAGCUGGAGUUUCACUUCUUUAUUUUGAAUUAGGAUUACCACAACAGUUUUAACGUUUUUAUAUAG